UUAGCAACUGCACCCACACCACACCGUCAUACACCACAUCAUCCAGAUAGAGUGUAGUAAACUGUAAACAGACAAUCACGAACUCCGUGUACGGUGUAUGUAGCGCAGGCACAUAACAGUGAACGACUAAACAUUAAAACAUAUAAAGGCCUAGCUGCAAAGUGGCUCAAUCCCUUCACUAAUUCAUACGAAUACGAAUAUCAAUAUAUAUACCUAAGUCACCAUGAGUUCGGCCACCGCUGAACGGGAGCCACUAAUGGCGUCGCAAAUGAACACCGAUCCCAGGAAACUAUACCGCAAUCGGUCCACAUCAGUUGCUUCGGUGAUGGGAGGGUUUGUGGAAGGAGAUGGGGGUGACGGACAGGACUUCCCACAAAGGGGUUGGACUAAUUUUCUGAUCAUGAGCUUGGGUAUCGGGUACCUGUUCCCGUUCUCGGCCAUGACACAGCCGGUGGACUACUGGAAAAUGUUGUUCCCGGAUAUCGAUAUGGAUUUCAAUAUCUCAGCGGUGUUCAUGUACACCAAUCUGGUCGCUUUGUACCUUGUGGUAUUCGUACUGCCCGAAAUGGGCUACACACCUCGGUAUGUACUGUAG